AUUGAAGCCUUAUCGAUAAUAGAUAAUAGUUAUUCUUCUAUCUGAACUUUGAACGGCGCGCUCUUCUUUUUUCACCUUCCUUCAAUUAAUUGACUUUUUCAUCCCAGGAAAAGACGUUGCGCUUUAACGAUGGCACCUAAACGACCGCUUGAAUCGGAUAGCGCAGCUACUCCAGCAGCCAAAAAACACCGCAAAGGAUUUCGAGUAGGACCUGAAAAUCUACCAGAUGGUCCAUGGAGGAGAAAAGUUGAUAAAAUUAAGAAGGACCUUAUUCACAAGGCCAAGGUCAAGAAAGCUUACAAAAAGAUCAAGGCUGCGGAGCAAGCCUCUUCCCAGCCCAAUGCUACCAUCACCACCAGUACCGAAGAUGCAAAUGCGAACGCAGAUGUAGCCCCUCCAUCGCCACAACUUCAUCCCGAGAGGCAAGCGAUGUUAGACGAAGAUGAGCAGCCAGAGCCAGAGCUGUCACCGCCCCCUACAAAUACCGAGCGCUCGCAACGUCGGCGCAGACAAAACACACGAAAACCUGGGUAUUUUGACAAGGCGGCGCUUGACGGGGAACGCAAAAAAGCAGAAGCAGAAGCACGCGCAGAGGCAAUUGCGAAACGGAAUGCGGAACGAGAUCGCAAAAUUGCCGAGCGCGAGAGGUUUAGGAAAGCCAUGGCGAAGGCACGGACACCUGGCCGCGAUGGCAAGCGCAAGUUAGGCCGGGAAAGUAGCUUCUUGCUUGAGAAAGCAAAGAGAUUAGUUGGAGGGGCCUAGUGAAAGUAGCAAACAUCCAGGGUGGUAGUAUCGCUACCUACACGCCAACUAUCCAACCGCGAUCUGCGGUCAUACCCAGCGACCAAAACCGAGGGCGUCCGAGGGAGUUCUUGGUUCUACGUUGUAGGGUCGACGUCGUAUUAUCAUCGGGUCACACCACAUCCCCAACCCAGUUGUGUAAUUCCUUCAAUAAGCUCGCGGCAAUAUGGGACGACUUUGAACGAUUACUAGCAUUUGUC